AUUGAUCGGCAAAAUGUCGUAUCGAAGAUAGAUUUAGGGAGAGACAGGAAUUGUAGGUAGGGAAAAGGUUCAAUGGGGGAGAGGACCUUGACAUUUCGAGGGAAGCCUCGGAAGCCUAUAAACUCUCUGUCACCUACUCUACCACAGCAUAGUGGUGUAGCUUCCCCCUCAUCCUUAAUUUUGACUGGGAAUGGGAUCGCGGGAGCAGUGAAAGGGAAGAAGAAGCCAAGAGGAGCAAGGCUGCGGAUGAGGUUCGACAGGGAUGGGAAGUCGAAAGUCAUGGAAUUGGAUAAGAGAGCGAUAAUCAGACAUGCCAAAUUUCUUGCUAGGGAUUUGAGGAUUCUAAGUCCCUUGUUCUCUCAAUCCUCUAAUAUUCUUGGUAGAUCACACUUCACAGUAAAUGACUCUAAUGGGUUCUCAAACCCAGAUCUUGAGAGGAAAAAGAAGGGAGAAGGGAGAAGAGAGAGAGAAAGAAUAAGAAAAAGAAAGAAAAGGAUGAGUAAGAAAAGGAAGGAGAAAGGUUGACAGAGAAAUAAAUGAUGAGGCAAACUGUUGAAGGAUUGAGAGAGAGAGAGAGAAGAAAGGAGGAAGAAAAUGAAAGUUUUUUAUUUUU